ACGGACUUGGACUUGAACCUGGACCAUAACUGUUCUCUUCAUAUCCUUCCAAGUUUCUGCCUACUUUUUUUUCUACACUUCUUAUUCAGUCUUUGCUGUGAUUUUCUUGACAAAUUAUAACUGAAGGUGUUCAACAAUGGUGGAUCAGCAGACUGUGUGUUGUAUGUGCGGAGAUGUGGGCUUUCCCGACAAGCUCUUCCGCUGCAUCAACUGCCGCAACCGCUUCCAGCACUCGUAUUGCAGCAACUAUUACAGAGAAUUGGCUGACCCUAUUGAAGUUUGCGACUGGUGUCAAAGCGAGGGAAGAAAUUCGAAGCACGGAAAUUCUUCAAGCAAAUCUAUGCGUACAGAUGAGGUACGAUCAGCGUACUCGAGCGGCAAAAUCAAGCACGAUCGGGAAGAGAGAACGGAGAAGGUCGGAAAGAGCCCGACUAGUACGCCUUCGCCCCGGACUGCCACACGCAGGUACAAGCUUCUCAAGGAUGUAAUGUGAUGAAAAAAAAAAAAAAUAAAUAAA